AUGGCGUCUCAUGAAUCUGUGCACGAUGAGCCCAAAGGCGCUGCUGAGCCUUGGGUUGGUGAAGGCAGUGCGGAUGGUGUUGAGCUGCCAAAGCCUAACGAUGUCGGCGCCCUGGCGUUUGACGAGUACACCCAGGGAGGUCUGGGUCGGCACUUGGGUGUUGUCUCGACCACGUUUCUGGUUGUCGGCCGUAUCAUCGGCACGGGUAUCUUCUCAACACCUGCCUCUGUCACUGAAAGUCUGGGAAGUGUCGGCGCGUCGCUGAUGUUCUGGGUGCUCGGUCUGUUCCUGGCUGCUGCUGGUCUCUGCGUCUGGCUCGAGUUUGCGUGUAUGAUUCCCCGCAGUGGUGGAGAAAAGGUCUAUCUCGAAGCCGUCUACAAACGGCCACAGCUUCUCAUCUCGAUCGUGUUUGCGGUUCAGGCUGUUGCUCUUGGGUUCACCGCUUCCGGAUGCAUCAUCUUCGCCUCGUACAUCGUCGUCGCUGCCAACCGCACCGCCUCCGAAUGGGAGGAACGCGGCAUUGCCAUUGCCGUCAUCAUUUCUGUGACCCUGCUGCACACUUUCCUGCCUAACUGGGGUGUCCGUGGAAUGAACGUGAUUGGAGUUAUCAAGAUCGUGAUCCUGUUGUUCAUUGUCAUCACGGGCUGGGUUGUCCUGGGUGGAGGCGUGUCGAGCGUGCCUGAUCCCCAUGCAAACUUUCGCAAUGCCUUUGCUGGAUCGGCGACAUCGGGCAAUCUGUACGCCACUGCGCUUUUCAAGGUUUUGAACUCCUAUGCCGGGUGGUCCAACGCCAUGUACGUCCUGAACGAGGUCAAGAACCCCGUGCGCACCGUCAAAAUCGCCGGUCCUCUGGGAUUGAUGAUCUGUGGUAUCCUUUAUCUGCUGGCCAACAUUGCCUAUUUCGCCGUGGCUACGCCGGAAGAACUUGCCAACAGCGGUCUCACGGUAGCCGCCUUUUUCAUGAAAAGGGUGUUUGGAACUGCCGCCCAGCGCGCUCUCAGUGUCCUGGUCGCCAUCUCCGCUCUCGGAAACGUCAUGACAGUCACCUUUGCCCAAUCUCGCGUCAACCAAGAACUGGCCAAAGAAGGCGUGAUCCCCUUUCCCAAAUUCUGGGCCUCGAGCUGGCCCUUUGGCUCCCCCUCGGCGGGCCUCUUGCUUCACUUUAUCCCUUCGUUUAUCGUCAUCGUCGCCAUCCCCUUUGGCGAUGCAUACAACUUCAUCCUUGAUCUGGAAGGCUACCCGGGCAGCGUGAUCAACUUUCUUGUCGUGCUGGGUCUGUUUUGGUUCCGGUGGAAGAAACCCGAUACCCCUCGGCCCUUUAAAGUGUGGUGGCCCAUUGCAGCGUUUUUCAUGGUUGCGCAGGCCUUUCAACUCGUCGCGCCGUUUCUGCGUCCUCCUGGCGGAAAGGGGGAUACCUCCCUGCCGUAUUACUUGUAUGCGGUGGUUGGUAUUGCGUUGUUGGCGGCGUCGGUGGUGUAUUGGUUUGUCUGGUGGGUGGCGGCGCCGGCGGUUGGCAAGUACAAGCUGGAGCCGCGUCGCGAGUAUUUGAAGGACGGCACCGCGGUCGUCGUGUACAAGCGCGUUGCGACUGCCUAUGGUCGGUGA